CAUUCCCCACUCUCUCCCUCCCUGAUUUCCGACCCUAUACACUGUCCUAUCUCUAAAAAAACCAAACAGCCGAUAAAGGUCUGAACGGCCAUUUCUCGGAAGUCAGUGGGCUGACCAGAAUCACACAAAAGAACAGAACGAAAGUGAAAGUAAGAGACCCUAUCCUAUAAAAAGCUGGACCAGCCUGCACAUUUGCAGAGUCACUCCAGAGCAUCCAGAGCAUCACAAGAAAAGGUAAGACUCUCUUCAUUCUAUGAUUUUAUUAUUAAUUUGAUUGACGUCAGUUUGUUUUAGACUUCAAGAUGUUUAUAAUGAUAAAUCUCUUUUUUAUAAAGGACUCCUUGUACUGCUGAGUUUUCCUUUUCCCUCUUUGUUUAUUUUUCUUGAAUGAUGUGAACAUGGAAUUGAUAUUUAUUUAAAAGUUACUUUGACAAACCAACUCUCACAUGAACUGGAUGAAUUUAAAGAUAAAUCUAUGAUCUACUGCAUGUUUCAAUAAACUUGUUUAACACCACAUACUGAGGUCAUGUAUUAAAAAUCAGAUAAAAGUUCUGAGAUACUUUAUCUGAAUAUUUAAAUGUAUUCAGCUUCAUGUGUUUACUCCGCUGCAGUCCAGAGGGAAAUAAUGCAAUGAAAAGCAAUGAAACUUUCUGUAACUCAUAAACUGAACUGCCAUGAGUAUUUUACACACAGGUAACAGUUUGGAAAAAUGUUGGAAAUACACUAAAACAGUAAUAAUCAGCACUGAGGGCUUGAGCUCUUACUCAAAUCAGUACAUAGUGACUUCAUCAUUCAUUUGCAAAGCUGUAUUCCUCAUUGUUGUUAUUUUUACAGAGUUUAUGAUCUGAAUAUUCUUCCUUUAUCGAGGUAAAGUCAUCCACAUUAACACACCACUGUUAUAUUUUACAGAUAUGGGAGGAGAAGAAUCCAAACCAUUCCCAUUCCCAUUCCCAUUCCCAUUCCCAUUCCCACGCCAACGCCCAUCCCCAUACUCACGCCCAUCCCCACGCCCACCCACACCCCCACCUUCUCCUUGUUUAAGACAGCCAUGGAGGACUCUGCCGAUGAGCACUGAGGACAAUCUCAACUUCAUGAAAUCUUACCAACCUCGAAACAAAGAAGUCAAACAUCUCAGGAUUCUGCUUCAUGGACCGGUCGGUGCCGGCAAGUCCAGUUUCAUAAACUCUGUUGACAGUGCUUUGAGAGGCAUUGUUACAGAUCGAGCUGAGACGGAUGCGACCUCUGGGAAAAGCUUCACCCUAAAGUACAAAACAUACAAAAUCGAAAAAGAUCACCAGAGCUUCUAUUCUUUUGUUUUCAACGACAUCAUGGGCCUUGAGAAUAACGCCGACAAUGGAGUCCAUGUGGAAGAUAUCAAACUGGCCCUGCGGGGACAUGUGAAGGAUGGUUACAAGUUCAAUCCUUAUGGCCCACUGACAAAGAAUGACCAGGGCUACAACUCCAACCCCUCUCUGGAUGACAAAGUCCACGUGCUGGUCUGUGUGGUUCCUGUCAGCUCAGUCUCUCGGUUAGAUGACAAAGUCGUGCAGAAGUUAAGAGAAGUCAGACUAGCUGCCAGUGAUCUGGGAAUUCCCCAACUGGCCAUCCUCACCAAAGUUGAUCAGGCCUGUCCUGAGGUCAGAUCAAAUAUUCACAACUUGCACAAGAGCAAGAAACUGAAGGGACAGGUGGAAAAAUUCAGUGCAAUGCUGGGAAUUCCCAUCAAGUCCAUCUUCCUGGUGAAGAACUACGAGUCAGAAAUCAGCACGAGUGACGACAUCAGCAGGCUGAUUCUGACCACACUGAGACAGAUGGUCACCUUCGGAGAAGACUACAUUAACGACAUGUAGACCGUCUCACUGCUGAGGCAGACUGUCUUUCCUCAGGCUGUUAAAUGCCUUUAUCAGUGUUUUAGCACCUCCUAGUGGUUGUUUUGUCAGAACAGGAAUUAGCUUGUUUAUACAGGAAGUUAAUUGUAAGGAGGCCAUUUUCUCUGCAUGCAGAUGAAGGAGCAGACGUAUGUCGCAUCUGCUACCAUCCUUUCAUUUAAGCUUGUGAAAGCAUCAUCUGUAAGUGUAUUCUGUUUUGUUACCUGAUAUUUAAAUCAUAUAUGUUCAUAUUUGUAAGGUAAAGGCUUUGAACCUUUGCAUAUGUGGUUAUUGGGAAAAUGAAACAUCUAAAGUUGAUAUCGGGUAAAAGGAGACAUAGAUUGUUAAGAGUAUAUUUUAUUUGAAGCGCAUCAUGCUUGAAUACGAAUACAUACAUGUCAUAAGACAUUUUUGAUUAGUUGGAAAUUCAUAUAGUAUAAAGCAGUAAGCUAAAGCUAACUUGUCAGUUGAAUAUUGAUUUCUUUUUUAUAGUUCAUGUUUUCUACAGUUUCACUCUUGCUUCAUAAAUGUAUCUGCAGCAACAUCUUAUUAAAAGUGACAACUAAGAUGAA